CCUUCAAAUUAUUUGCUGCUUCUUUUUCAUCCCAACCGAUCCUCAAUCUCUUUCACCGAUCUUUCCAGCAUAAAACUCUCCUCUUUUGGAUAUUCUUUUUCUGCUAAAUCUUCUUGUUCAAACGCAUCUCCACUUGCAUAUUCAGCUCCGAUCCAGUUAGCAUUCAGAAGCAAAGCUUAAGGCAAGGAAGAUCAACUAACCGGUGCCACACAAUGGAACUCGGGUCUAUGGUUGUGCACCCUCUAUUAUCAGCUUCUUUUGAGUGGCUGCUCCAAAAGGUGGAUAAUUUCACUUCCAGUAGAUCCCAUAGGUUACAAGAAGAGGUCCACGUGGAGCUCCAAAAAUGGAAGUCCUUUUUACCGCAUAUUCGGGAUGUGCUCAUAGAUGCAGAAGAAAAGCAAAGGGCUGUCAAUUCCAUCAAGACAUGGCUUGAUGACCUCAAGGACCUAGCUUAUGAUAUGGAAGACAUUCUGGAGGAAUUCACGACUAAUGGCUUGAGGAGUAGCUUGAUUGCAGCACCUCAAUGUGCCAGCACUACCAGUAGAUGCAUCCUUGCGUGCUUCUCUUCUUUCGAACAUAGUGAUUCCAUGUUUGAUUCCAACACCAUUUCUAAGGUGAAGGCUAUUUCUAAUAGGUUGCUAAGCAUGACAGAAAGAUCAAACAUACUCGGCUUACUGAGUUUAACCAUGCAAGCUGGAGAACGGCCAGAUAAAGUAGAUGUUGCGAGGGUGCCCACUAGUUCCCUACCCGAUUCUCAUGUUUAUGGACGAGAAACUGAUAAAGUAGCUGUUCUUCAAAAGUUACUAAAUAAUGAAAGCAGUUCCCAAGGAUAUUCUGUAAUUCCUAUUGUUGGGAUGGGAGGAAUAGGCAAGACCACUUUGGCUAAAAAUGUUUACAAUGAAGUGGGGCAAGGAAGCUUUGAGCUUAAGGCAUGGGUUUGUGUCUCUGACCGAUCUGAUGUGUUAGGCAUUACAAGAUCCAUUUUGGAGGCAGUAUCUAGACGCCAGCAUGAUUUGAGAGAUUUGAAUUUGCUUCAAGAAGAAUUGAAGAAAGAGUUAUCAAGCAAGAAGUUUCUACUUGUUUUAGAUGAUGUUUGGAAUGAGAGUUACAGACAAUGGGAUACCUUGCAAAAACCUUUCCAAUCAGGAUCAGCUGGAAGCAAAAUAGUAGUAACAACUCGUAGCAAGCGUGUUGCAGAAAUCAUGGGUGGGAAUGACAGGAUUCACUAUCUAAAAGAGUUAGACUACAAACAAUGCUUGUCAAUUUUUGCUCAACAUGCACUGGGAGAAGAUAACUUUGAUGCACAUCCAUAUUUAGAAGAAGUUGGUGAAGAAAUUGUGGAAAGAUGUAAAGGAUUGCCGUUGGUUGCAAAACUCCUCGGGGGCCUCUUACGAGGAAAUCAAGACCUGGAAUAUUGGAAAUACAUAUCAAAAAGUGAGAUGUUGAAUUUGGAUGAUAUCAAAAGCGGGAUUUUGCCACCCUUGAUGCUGAGCUACUAUCAUCUUCCUUCUUAUUUGAAGCAAUGUUUUGCAUAUUGUGCUUUGUUCCCUAAAGACUACCCAUUUAAGGAGGAUGAGUUAAUUAUGUUGUGGAUGGCAGAGGGACUCUUGAGGCAAAAACUGAGGGAUCGAAAUAGACUAGAAGAAAUCGGGCUUCAAUAUUUUCAGGAGUUACUUUCAAGAUCAUUUUUUCAGCAGUCUAGUGGGAAUGAAUUAGAGUAUGUAAUGCAUGAUCUCAUACAUGAUUUGGCUCAAGUUGUUGCUGGAAGAACAUGCCACAAGCUAGAGAAUAUGUCUGAGGUUGAUAAGAUAUUUGAAGUGCAAUUUGAGAAAGUCCGUUAUUUAUCAUUCUAUUGUGGUUAUUUGGACAUUUCCAAUAAAUUUGAAGUUCUGAAAGAAGUGAAGAGUUUACGGACACUCAUUCCUGCUGAUCCAGAAGCUGGUAUGUGCCAUUUAUCAAAGAUAGUGGUGCUUGAUAUGAUACCAGAAUUAAGAUGCUUAAGGGCAUUAUCUCUUCGGGGUUAUCUUAUAAGAAAGCUACCAGAUUCAAUCAAAGAUUUAAAAUUUUUAAAGUACCUUGAUUUGUCUGAAACUAAGAUUCAAAGUCUACCUGAAUCAAUAGUUUUCCUCCUUCGGUUACAGACAUUGUUGUUAUUCUAUUGUCAGAGCUUUUCAAAGUUUCCUGUGACAAUUGGGAACUUAAUUAACCUCCAUCAUCUGGACCUCAGGGGAACAGAUUCCUUACAAGAGAUGCCAUCCGGAAUAGCUAAUCUCAGAGAUCUUCUGACAUUGGGAAAAUUCAUUGUGGGGAAGGAAAAUGGAUCAGUUAAACUCUCUGAUUUAGAGAACCUUUCACAACUCAAGGGGGAACUAUCUAUUCUAGAUUUGCAUAAUGUUUCGAAUGCUCAUGAUGCUAGGAAGGCCAGCCUGGGUAAGAUUGAUGGUCUUGAUUGGUUGCUCUUGCAAUGGACUUCUGAUUUUCGCAGUUCUAGGAAUGAAGACAAGGAAAUGGAGGUCCUUCGCUGGUUAAAACCACAUCUAAAAUUGAAAAGUCUCUCAAUUAUUUGCUAUGGUGGCAAGGAAUUCCCCUCCUGGAUUAGUUGUCCGUUGUUUUCUAAUUUAUCAUACUUGAAGCUGUGCAAGUGUAGAAGAAGCACUUCGUUACCAUCACUGGGGCAAUUACCAGGACUCAAAGAAUUGAUUGUGGAAGGCAUGGAUGCAAUAGAAACAGUGGAUUCUAAGUUUUAUGGGCAUGGCACUUUUCAAUCUCUUGAGAGCUUGGAGUUUCGUGACAUGUUAGUGUGGGAAGAAUGGACUUCUACAACAGGAGGUGGAGUAGGAUUCCCACGUCUUCGUGAGCUUGUGAUUAUAAAUUGUCCUGAGUUGAAAGGACAAUUACCCAACCACUUGUCUCGUCUUAUAAGACUUGUGAUCAGCAGAUGCCCAGAGUUAAGAUGCCCAUCAUCUAUGAAUCUUCAGUCACUACAAAAGCUGAAUAUUCUAGACUGCAAUGUGGCCUUUUUGAAUAGCUUCGCUGCUCUCAUCUCUCUUACUAGCUUGGAAAUUAAGAGAAUUUCAGGACUUGUUUGCUUGGCUAGGAGUUUUAUUGAGUCCUUGAUAGCAGUUGAGUAUGUGGAGAUUAAAGAAUGCCUCGAGCUUACUUGUUUAUGGGAGGAAGGUGCCGAGAUAGAAAACCUUGCUCGUCUUGAGCGAAUGAACAUUGAGAGCUGUCCUCUGCUUGUUUCAUUGACGGGGAAAGAACAUGGCCUUCUUCCUUUCAAUCUUAAACAUCUCAUACUUUCAAGUUGCAAGGCUUUAGAGUCAUUAACUGAUGCGAUGAUGAUGAAGGUAGAUGGAAGCAGUAGCAGCAACAACAUGUUGAGACUUGAAUCAUUAAGCAUCUACAAUUGUGAUUCUCUCAAGUCUUUACCCACCACCAUGGUUAAACACUUGACAAUUAAUGGAUGUGUCAAUUUUGAGUCUUUACCAGAUGGAGUAUUAUUGCAAGAUGAUGGUGACGGCAAUAGCAAUCUUGAAUCUUUGAUAAUAGAGGAACUUCCAUCUCUAAAUUCUGUUGGGAGUGGUCAUCUGCCAGCUUCUCUCAAGAAAUUUACUGGUAAAGAUUGCAAGAGGUUGGAAUCAUUUCCAGAGAGGAUGCUGCAACAUUGUACGGGACUUGAAUCCCUUGUAAUUUGGAAUUGUGAAGUAUUGAGAAGCUUAUCACUUGAUGGCCUCAGCAAUCUUCGUGAUUUGCAGAUUUGGGGUUGUGCAGUUUUAGAAUUCUUCCCAGAAAUGGGCCUCUCCUUGCCCAAUCUUAGGUCUUUGACAAUUGUAUGUUGCCCAGGGUUGGAGCGCAUUCUAGAUGGGGGUUUUCCCCCAAACUUAACAGAUCUUAUAUUAGCAAAUUGUCAGAAUCUCAACUCCCUACCAAAUACAAUGAAUGAGCUUACAUCGAUUCAAAAACUAAUGAUAGUAGAUUGUCCAGGCAUCAAAUCCAUUCCAGAUGGGGGUUUUCCCCCAAACUUAACACGACUUGACUUAGACGGUGAGCAUCUGAAGCAACCGGCAGUGAAAUGGGGCCUCCGCAAUCUUACCUCUCUUCAAAGCUUUGCCAUUCGUGACACGUGUCCUCCUCCAGAUAUUGUGCUUCCUUCUUCUUUAACAUGUCUACGGAUAGAAAAGGCAAAGAAUCUGAAAUCCAUACCUAGAGGGCUCCUCCAAAACCUCAACUCUCUUCAAUCUUUACAAAUUUGGUGGUGCCCAAAGCUACGAUCCUUGCCAAGGGAAGGCCUACCUCCGUCGCUUGGUUCUCUCAGCAUCACAGGUUGUCUGCUUCUAAACAGACAACGCUUUGAGGAGAAAGGAGAAUAUUGGUCUCUCACCCGUACCAUCCCUCUCGUCGAAAUAGAUGCUUAUGAGCUAUAACCACCAAGGCCAAUUGUUACCUAAGUGAAAUCUGGAAUGAAGCUACAGACUUAUUAUUGAGGGAGUGGCUUUUGUAACUCAGAGGUUCCAAGUGUUAUGCUUUCUUGGGUUUAACUUAGAUUUGGUCCUCUUCUUUUGGGUCCCUUGUUGCAGGUACUGUCAUUCCAAUGCUUGAAGCUGCUCUAGAAUCUUGAUGUUCCAAUUGAUAAGCUUGCUGUCCAUUUUCAUGAUACUAUGGGCAAGCCCUUUCUAAUAUUUUAGCAUCUCUCCAAUCCUGUGCUUUUUCACACCUUGAAAAUGAAUCUAAAUAAAUGAGAAAGGACAAUAAGACAAAUGCCUUGUACCUUGUGAUGAUCCCCUUCCUCUAACAUACAAAAACAUCAUUUUCACUUCAAAUUUUCUUCUUCCUUUCAUUAUAGGUCAAAGGAAUGGUUUGUAAUUGUUUUUUUCAUUUGCUUUUUUUCUUCAAAUGUGCUCAAUAAUUGCUACUCCUGUUU